AUGCCUCGACUUGGUCUUCCAAUAGUCGAGUUUCCCGAGGAGCUCAAGGAUGAUGUUCAGCGUCUUUAUGACCAUCAUAAGGAACUCAGCGACGUUGUUGAUGUGAACCUCCUAUUGAAAGGAGCGCAAGUGGCUCGGGAGGGAAGUGGCGCAUCUGGUCUUACUGCUGCUGAGAAACAGGCUGUCGAAAAUGAAGAUCAAUUGACAUUUCUUGAUCAAACGAAAGACCUGAAAGUUACGAUCUUGACGACGGCAUGUGCCGCCAUUACCCAAGGCUGGCAGCAAUCAACUAUAAAUGCAAGCUCUCCUGGGUGGCAACGGGAGUUGAAGCAUGCCGGCGGCGAUUGGAUUAACUAUAGGAUUCUUUCCGGGCUAAUCGACGCCGCCCCUUGGCUAUCCGGCAGUUUAAUUGGGAUAUUUGUCGGUUUCGCGGCUGUCUGGAUCGUAAAUCACGAAUGGAGGGUUCUGCUCGGCACCUCUGCUAUACCGGCCAUCGUGCUACUCUUUCUUGUUUUCCUCUGUCCCGAGUCACCGCGAUUUUUAAUCCGCAGGAAUGAUUAUAGAGGUGCUUUCCUAAGUCUACGUCAACUGAGAGGCACCGAUAUCCAAGCCGCGCGGGAUUUAUACUAUAUUCACUGUCAGUUACAGGCCGAGGCGGAACUCUUACAGUCGAGGACACAAGCCUCCUCUGGACGAGACGAAACGCAACCCGAGGCCCAAUACCCAUAUCAACAGCUGGUGCGGAACAUGUCCUUUCUAAAGCGAGUGUGGUGUCUUUGGAGUAUACCUCGAAACCGCAGGGCCUGUGUAGCUGCGUUUGUGGUAAUGGCGUCUCAGCAGCUUUGUGGGAUCAACGUUCUGUCGUUCUACUCCACAAUUCUAUUCCGUCAAAUGAACACUCCAAAUGACAAGGCUGAGUCGGAUGAUUACGUACAAACCGCUUGGUUGAAUUUUGGCUUUGGUUUAGCCAAUUUUCUUUUCACGAUUCCGGCUUAUCGAUAUAUUGAUUGGAGGAAAGGCCGUCGGGUUCUUCUUCUCUGCUCUCUAGGAGGGAUGCUCAUUACCAUAGCAGCCAUUGGCGGGUUCUUUCGACUGGCGGACGAGAAAGCCCGCCUGGGAACUGUCUCGGUCUUUUCGAUUGUCAUAUUCACAUUUCUCUACGGAAUUGGCGCUGGGCCUGUGCCUUUUACAUUCAGUGCUGAGGUGUUUCCACUUGCCUUCCGUGGAAUGAGCUUCAGUGUAAUGAUAAAUUUCCUCGGGCUCGGUCUUUUGGUGAUGUUCGUUCCAAAGUUGACCGAAGCCUUCGGCUCAAACGGGUUCUCGAACCUGUUGUUUCUUUUUACAGGAUUAAAUGCGCUAGCCUUUAUAUUGGUAUUCUUCCUGGUUCCCAGCGGUACCGCCGGCGUGAGCUUAGAGGCAACCAACCAGAUUUUCGAAACCAAGACAGCGAGCCACGUCAAGGAACAUUUUUCCGAACUGAAACGGAUCGCCCUCUCCGGUGAUGCUGCCCGUCUCGUGAUCUUCAUCCACGUAAUCGGCGACACCUACGAUAUGCCUGACCAGUUCUGCGAAAAUAUUCUUACACUCUUGGGGGAAGAGAUGCAGCAGUGCCAAACCCCCCCACAAAUGUUCAUUUCGCGUGGAGCAUUGCGAGAAAUCUGGUCCCAAUCACGUUUGGAAACAUUCAUCGACCUUUUCGCUCCGGGGUUCGACAAGAGCUCGAUCGCAGAGGUCCAAGAGCGCUAUGUUCAGACACUUUCAAUCUUGGUAUGGAUCAGGUGGGAAGAUUGGGCAAACUUUGGGGCGAUUUUCCUCCAGCAGAAUCGGGCGGAUUGUGAUAUUCCAACGUACGAUUUACCCGGCUUACAGGAUCCGAACUUCCUGGGACACAUGUGGGCAAUUCAUUUCUACAAUGGCAGGUAUAUCUUUUGUCCGAUUGAUAUCUUGGAGGGGCAAAACAUCGAAAGGAGUGAAGGCUGGAGGCUUCCAUUUCUUGAUGGUGGCGGAAAAAUUGGAGGCGGAGGCUUUGGCGUGGUUGACCAAGAGACUAUCGCCAGAGGACACUUUCGCAUCCUGUCUGACCACGACGAUGAAGGACCGUUAGAUUAUAAAAAGAAUCUCGUCGUUGCUCGGAAGUGUUUUACUAUCCGCAGUCAUUUUAAAACCGAGAUGAAGAAUCUCUCUCUACUACGCGCCAGUCUAUCGAAGCAUGAACACAUCGUCUCAUGUCUUGCCACGGUCACCAUCGGACGCGACUUCAACAUUCUUUUCCCCUGGGCAAAUAUGGAUUUGGACAAGUUUCUGGAAGGCCGCUACCGGGAAUUGUCAUCCGAGUUCACCCUUCACGACCUGAUGUCAGAGAUGUUGAAGUUGGCCGGAGCGCUGUCGUUUCUGCACAGGGGUCUCCAACCUCUAAAACAAAAGUGUCGCCACAGGGACCUGAAGCCAUCUAAUAUUCUUUUAUUUUUCCGACGCGGCUUCCCCGUGGGACAGUGGAAAAUCUCUGACUUCGGCAUCUCCAUCAUCGACGAGCCAGACCAAGGCCCGACGACGACCAUAUCUGAAUUUGUGAACAACAACACAUACCCUGUUAUGGAUGAGCCUCGAUACCCGAAUAGCACCUAUCAGCCUCCGGAGGUGCAUAUGGAAAUCCCGUUCGGGCGCCGGAGCGACGUCUGGUCUUUCGGUUGCAUAUUGAUGCGCGUUCUUGCAUUUGGCCUCGGCGGGGAAGAGGGUCUUCGGAGUUUGGAUGAACAGAGGACACUGCACGAUGGCAAUCCCAAAAAUAUGAACGACAGGUUCUAUCGGGUAUCACCGUUGGCUCUUAACCCUCAGGUAGAGUCAUGGCUUACCGUGCUGCCCUCUCAGUAUCCUCAGUACCGCCAAGCGACGGAGAAGUACGCAGACCUCAUAUUCAGAAUGCUUUCUCUCGAUAAAGAAGCAAGGCCAAUAACAGAUACUGUCUAUACAGAACUGGAUAGCAUUCUUAAUCUUGUUCCUUCGGAUUACAGUAUAAAAAAUGCCAAUGACAGUGCGACCAGGUCGUCCAUAUCUGGUCCUCCGAGUCACAAUGGCAUCACAGCAACGGUCGCAUCCCUUGUCAAGGCGAUCAAAGGAAAAGAUAGCGAUGACAUAAAGACCCUUUUGCAUGGCAAAGUCAUGGUCGAAGAGACGUACGACGGGGACAGGCCACUCAUCCACGCGAUUCGUCACUUCCCUGAGGCAGUCCGAAUGCUUCAAACAUACCGGCCCGAACUAGACCUCGAAACCCCCGACUCAAAUGGCAAUACCCCACUCAAAUUAGCUGUCGAGACGAGGAACGCUCACUGGGUCAAAGUCUUACUGGAUGCCGGAGUGAAUAUUAACGCCCCAUCUAAGGAUGGCUUAACCCCGCUGAUGGCCGCAGCCAAAGAUGGGAGCGGUUCAAUGAUCGAACCACUGUUGUUCCGUGGGGCUGAUUGUAAGGCCUACUCGUCUUGUGGAUACACUUGCUUUCAUUAUGCUGCAAUCAAUAGCAUGACGGGAAUUGAGGCCAUUCGCCCCUUCAUUGAAAGGGUAGAUGUCGACAUCACUACCGAGCCCGGCGGUCGAACGCCACUUUUGCUGUUGAUCUAUAAUUAUACCAACACGGCUCUUUGGUGGAAGAAGUUCAAAUAUCUUGUGGCUGCGGGGGCCGAUAUCAAUAAGGCUGAUGAAAGUAAGACGACGCCGCUCUCUGAAGCUGUCCGCAAGCACGCGGUAGAGCUAGCAGAGGUUCUUCUGGAUUGUAAGGCCAUCUAUGGGGAAAAGCCGCCACCUAGGAAUUCAUUCUCCGGUAUGAACAAGGUGUUGAAAAGAAUUCGGGCCCAGAAUGAUAACGAAAGUGUGAGGUCAUUCAGGUCAACAGUACUACUACCGUUCAGGCGUCGUCGAUGA